AUGCCAACAUUUGAGUCACUUCUUCCUGAAGUUGAGCAUCGCUUAUGUGUUAGGCAUUUAUAUGCCAACAUUAAGAGUAGAUAUAGUGGUGGGUCUGUGAUUAGAGAUUUGGUGUUGCAAGCUGCGAAAGCAACAUAUGUCAAUGGAUGGAAGCAAAAAAUGCAUGAGUUGAAAAAUAAAUCUAAAGAGGCUCAUGAUCAUUUGAUGAAGUUCCCUCCACAAUGUUGGACAAAAUCUCAUUUCAGUGAAUAUCCAAAGAGUGACAUGAUUAUGAAUAACAUAUGUGAUUCAUUUAAUGGGAGGCUUUUAGAGGCUCGAGAACUUCCAAUCAUUAGUUUAUUAGAAUGGAUUCGCACUUACAUCAUGAAAAGAUUUCAAGAGAAUAGAAAGAAGGCAGAGAAAUUUAGAAGUCAUGGAAGCGUAUGUCCGAAUCCAAGAUGGAGGUUGGACAAAGAAGUUAGUCAAUCACGAAAGUGGGUUGCACGACAAGCAGGAGAAUUUGAAUUUGAGGUCUCGUGUUACUCGCACAAAUUUUCAAUUGACCUUGCUACUAAGAGUUGUACUUGUAGAUGGUGGGAUUUAACUGGAAUACCUUGCAGGCAUGCAGUUAGUUCAAUUUACGCAAAAAGAAAAGACCCUCAUGAUUAUGUUCAUCCCUACUUGAAGAUAGAUGCUUAUGUUGAGUGUUACUCUCCCGUGGUGAAGCCGAUUAAUGGACAAGAAAUGUGGGAAGUAAUAAAUAAGGAGGAGAUGGACCCUCCGUCCUAUCAUAAAGACCAGGAAGACCUCCAAAAUUAA